UCGUUUGUGUGCCCGGCGCCGGCGGGCGGUCACGUAGGUUACGCACGGGAGCCGCACUCCGUGCUAUUCCCCUGCCGCCGCGCCCCAAGAGGGGGCCGUGAUGGCGCGGGUCGGCGGCCGGAGGAGCCGCUGACGGCCGGCGUGAGGCACCGAGGAGAGCCCGAGCCGGCGGGGCCCAGAGGCGGCCCUUCUCGCCCAGCUCCAGCCGGCCAAGUCUGUGCCCCCAAACCCCGGGCCCUCUGCGGGAAUGUUCAAAAAUGAGUACCAGGGAGGUGCAUUUGUUGAAAUCUUUAGUGCCCAGGGGAAAAAUCCUGGAGCAAAAUGGAAGAUCUUAGGCAGUCCAUCUGUGAUUUGGAAAGAGUUUGAUAAAGAAGUUAAAAGUUUUGUGUUUAUCCUAGAAGGCAGCAGCCAAACCAACAGGAUUCAGUUACCAAAGGAGAAUAAACAAAUCCUUGGACUGAUCCAGAGGUUUCUUGUACUUCAGAUUUACAUACCCCUGGGACAGGACUUCUCCACUGAAUUACUAAUUACUGACUUAGGAAACAUCAAAAGAAGAUUGUAUUUAUCAACAGUCCAUAAGGAACUGUCCUCAACCCCUCUUCAUGCAAAAAUCCCACUCUUCAUGAUCAAGCGUAAAAUUUGGUGCAAUCUGUGCAUUGACUUGGUCGCAUUCACCAGUGAGAUAUUCAAGGGAGCAGUGUUCCAGUCGUUGGAUGGAAUUAUUGUCUCUGCUAACUGUAAGCUACGGAAGAUCUUCACUUUAAAAUCAAAGCCUCGAGAAACUGCUGAUAAAGAUGAUGAACCCACAGAUAUGAUUCCACGAAGCUGUCAACUUGCAACAGAUGUUCCUCACGUGACACAGCUGCUGAACAUGACAAAAGUCUGCCAAAGUGAAAUAAAAUUUGGAGGUCACCGUCUACGAUCAGCAGAAUCGGAUCAGUUCAUCAACAGAGGGGCAGGCAGCAUUCGGAACAGUAAAAGUCAAGAUGUUUGCCAUAUUGCCUUUGGGUCCAGGGUCCUUGGACCACCUCCACUCUCUGGCAGACUGAAUAACCUGAGGCUCUCCAGUGAGUCAGUUAGAUCCAUUGGGUACAAAAAUAGCCAAUUGUGCCAUCAGCCUACAGUAGAGAAGCAUGUUAACACCCCACAAGUGCCCGCCUUGCAGAUACCUGAGUCUGAGCAGCAAGGAGAGAAAGGAAAUGCUCACCAAAUGAAGCCAACCACGCCUGUUCCUGCAGGGCAGAACAGCAACAGGAGAGCUCGCUUGAAAAGCGCCAGCAGAGAAGAGGCAGAGGCGCACUGUGGUGGUUCCUCAAGAAAUAGCAGGAAUGAAGAGGAAGUAGCCACUGUCCUCAGCAUCUUCAGCCAGCCAAUGGCAGAACCAGUGAGCUCCAGCACCCCAGAACCCCAGGCUCCUGACCAACCAGAUGAGUGGAUAUUUCCUGAAAGCACUUCUCUGACUUCUGAUCCAGCAUGUAGCAGUCAGUCUUCUCUCCUGGAUGGGGACUCAUGCAUUGCUUCACACCUGUGGCUAGAAACCAGCAAGGACAGUGAACCUGACCAGGCAGAGGAAACCCGGAUGGUUCCCAAGAACAUUUUCACCUUUUCAUCGAGACCAAGAUCAGCACCUCAUGGGAAGAGUCAUGCUAUGUCCCCAGAGGGGUACCCAUUCGUUCUGGACCCUAAAGAGGACAGCAGCGUGAGCAGGAGAGACACCAAGUUGGAAGACAAUUUUGACGGCACUGACAGCAGCGAAGAGGAAUAUAACUGGAGGAACUAUCAGCCCAGCCAGAUGAGCGAAUGUGAGCUGCAGAUGCUAGCAAGCCUCCGGCGGCAGCAGAAUGAGGACCUAGAAGACCCUGGAGCUCCUCAUGGCCUGAGCGCAUCCCAGGUGGACAACUGUAAUGUUAGCAUCAGUACCAGCAGUGAUGACACAACCACGUGGAACUCCUGUCUGCCACCUCCUGUCAACCAGGGUCGUCACUAUCAGAAAGAAAUGAAUCAACCUUCUCCAUCGAACCCUCGAGAUUGGUUGGACAUGCUGAGCCCACCAAUUGUCCCUCCCAGUCAGCAGCCGACAGAGCAGCCCCAGGAGUCCUCUGCAAGUGUGAGCAUGCAAGGUGAAGAGGACCUGAGUGCAGAGGAAGACGAGGAGGUGCUGACUCUGUUGUAUGACCCAUGUCUCAACUGCUACUUUGACCCCCAGACUGGGAAAUACUAUGAGUUGGUGUAGCUACCCACCCCCAGGGCAGAAAGUAGCCAUAGCAGAUGGAACAUGACCGCAGCAUGACAACCACAGUGGGAAUGUGACCUGUAUGUCGUGUGGUUGGGCCCAAGGAGUCAAAGGAUUGGAGAGAAGUUCUUGGUAAAUAAGGUCCAAUGUUGAGAACGCCUGCAUUCUCCUUGUAGCUGCGUGUGAGACUUUGAAACUUGCGAAGGAAUUCAUACAGACCCCAGAUCUUAGGUUUUGAAAUUGCUCCUAGUUGUUCAUCCCCAUCCUCUGAGUCUCAUUAUGUUACAUAAGCAAGUUAAAAAUCACUUGUUCAAAUUUUUCCAGUGUUAAUCUGUAAUAAAUGACGGCUUGAUACACUUACAGAGA